AUGGACCGCCUGGUUUUCAAGGUCCACCGGGAGAGAAAGGUAGAAUGGGAAUACGAACACCUGGACUUAAAGGAGAAAAGGGCAAACAAGGAUUGCCAGGCAAGUUUAUAUAGUUUAAUAAAUAUUGCAUUUCUAUACCAUUUUUCAGGUCCACCUGGGCCCCCAGGAUUUUUGGCAAGCUCUUUAACAAGUCCCGAGGAAAGUGAAAUAGUGCAAGGACCUGCUGGUCAACCAGGAGAGAAGGGGGAGAAAGGUCGAGUUGGUCCAGUUGGCCCGCCAGGAAUGCGCGGUUUUGAUGGCCUUCCUGGUUAUCCGGGCCUUAAAGGCCAAAAAGGUGACUUUGGUGAUGCAGGAAAUAGAGGUAAAAAAGGCAAAGAUGGAGAUUUUGGCUCAAUGGGCAUAAAAGGAGAGAAAGGCACAGCAGGAUUGGCAGGAAUGCCUGGAUAUCCUGGGGAGAAAGGAAGUGCAGGUGAUCUUGGUUAUCCCGGAAGACAUGGCCCGGAAGGAGAUGCUGGCCCACCAGGGCCUUUCGGCGUUGGACAUGGGGCGCCAGGACCACGUGGAGUUCAAGGCGCUGACGGCAUACCAGGAGAAAAAGGCCCACCAGGAAAUAAUGGUUUAAUGGGUGCAGUCGGAUCAAGAGGUCCUGUGGGGGAGCCUGGAACGCCGGGCACGCCCGGUUUGCCCGGACAAAUUGGAUUUAGUGAGAAGGGUGAGCGAGGUGUUGACGGUUUUGCUGGCUAUUUUGGUGAACCGGGAAGACCUGGAGAGCCUGGUCCAGUUGGAAAACCUGGCGAACAAGGACUGCCUGGCUAUGAUAUUCAAGGGCCGCCAGGUAUUAAAAUAAAUUUCAAGUAA